AUGCAGAUCAUUUCGGACGCGGAGAGCACGGAGAAGGAGCUCGACGUCUCCGAGAACGCGGCGCAGAAGCGCUACGCCGAGCUCGUGCGCGACCUCACCACCAGCAUCGAGGCCAACCGCAACGCCAUCGAGGAGAAGGCGAGCCAGACCGCCUCGACGGAGGUGGAGAAGAGCGAGACCGAGGAGGCGCAGCUGAGCAACGGCGAGGCGCUGGAGGGCUUGGGGCAGCUGUUGAAGUCGCACCACCUCGAGUGCGACUUCCUGCUGAAGAGUUCUGGCGAGGGAACGGACUGGGCCGCUCGGGGGUUCCAGGCAGUCGGCCCGCUCACGCCCUACCUCCUCCCUCCGCGGUUCCCUGACUGCAGCUGCGUGGCAGCCUGCACGGUGCCGACGGAGAUCGCCGGGCUGUCGGGCAGGCAGCUCGACAGGCGUGGCCCGGAGCAGCUCACCUUCCCGGGCUGCCCCGCCUGCCCCGAGCUGCGCUGCUCUGCGCCGGGGCUGGCGCUGGGGGCCUUCGCCGCCGGCGCGGCGAUCGGCGCCUUGGCCACCGCCGUGGCUGGGCUGGUCCUGAGGCUGCGCCAGCCUCUGGCGGCGCUCGCUGCCCCGCCCGCGCUCCUGGACGACGAGCUGCUCCUGGCGCUGAGCGCGGGGGGUAGCGAUCGACUUCUUCGACGACGAGAACGGCUUCAACUUCACCUCCGGGUCCUCCUCGUGCCGGCGGGCGCUGGCAAGUGGAUCUGCGUCACGCCGGACCACAGCGUGCAGUUCGGGGACCUCACGGCGCACCGAGUCGUGCCGCUCCCGAGGAAUGCCCCGUUCUCUCGGCGUCUGGCGGGCCAGCUGCAUGCCUUCGACCCGUUCCAGGAGGGCGAGCUCGAGGCCAUCCGGGAGCAGGCGAUGGCGCUGGCAGCGGUGCUGGGCAUCGAGGUGCCUCGCGGCGCAGCGGCUGCUCCGCCUCGACUGGCGGUCGCCGACCCUGCCCACCUGCAGUUCGGGCAAGUCCUCGACGCAGCGAUCAGCGGCGCCGAGGACCGCUUCGUCCGACGGGGAGCGGUAGCACUGGCCACGCUGGAUGCCGACGACGACGAGGGGAGCUUCACGGUCUGCGAGAACGUGCCGGAGGAGCGCCACCAGUGGCUAGACGAGAAGCAUUCCGAGCCCGGGCGGGACCCGCGGGCGCGCCCUGUCCGGCGGGCGGGCCCAGGUGGGCCGCGACGUGCCACAUUGGACCAGGCCAUCGAGUCGCACCGCCCGCAGACCGCCGACGUCUGGCUGUUCCGCGGGCCGAAGUCGAUGCCGGAGUUUCUGACCAGCGCGCGGGCCUCGGGCCUUGGCAUCGCUGGCUACGCGAACCACAUCACGAGCAGCGGGGUCCCGCCCGGCAGCGCGGCGGCCCACCAGAUUCGGCCCCUGCUCGGGGCGCUGCGGCACUUCAUCGAGCACGACCAGAUCGACGUCGCGAACCUCGCAGGGGCCGAGCUCAUUGCAGCGGGAGACCAGCAGAGAGCGAUCGGCGGGCCGCCGAUCCGCUCGCCGACGUGCGAUGCGGGGCUGGGCGCGGAGGGCCACCGAGGACACAUCUUCUCGGGCCUGGACGCCCCGGCCGCCGCUCGAGCGCCACGCGCCCUCCGACCUGGGCGGGCGCGCCAGACACGCACGCUGACCCCCUCGCAGGAGUCCGCGCUAGACCGGGCGGCCCGCUCGCCGGCUCGACAUGAUCCGCCGCCGCCCGACACCUUGCCGAGAGAGGCUUUUCAGGAGCUCUUCAAAUCCAGCAACAUCUAUUCCGAGGAGGGUCGGCUCACCGUGCGGCCCUUCGCCCGGGACAAGGCCCCCCUCUUGCAGGACUCGAAACAGCCUAGGGAGGCGGUCGACCUCGCCCCCGAUCACGUUCGACAAGUUUUGAUGGGGCCCGAGAGGUUCCUGGAGCGCCAUUCCGACGAGCUCUCAGACGAGCCCCACAUCGAGCCAUACUCGGACCCCCUCCUGAACCCUGAGCCCGGGGAGGUGACGGCGGGCUUGUUUUUCGUCGAGAAGAAGGGCGACCGCCUCCGCGCGAUCGCGGACGGCCGGCAGCCAAACCAGUUCCACGGGCUGCCUCCUCAGACCAGCACGGCGUCGGUGGAGGCCCUCGCGCCGGCGCAGGUCGGGGCAGACUGGCGCCAGCGCUUUUCGGCGAGCUCGGACGACGCCGCCCUGCACGAAGCCACGGUCGACUUGAAGGACGGCCUCCAUCAGUUCAAGAUCCCGCAUCUGUCCGGGCGGUUCGCGUUCGACGCACCAGGCGCCCGCGCGGUGGACCUUGGCGCCGGCGGCGCGCUUGGAGCACGGCAUGGCGGAGGCCCACAGCACGUCGACAACGCCAACAUCACCGGGGUCGCGCGCGACCUCGCGCAGGCCAGGCUCGAGCGCACGACGGCGGCCCUCGACCUGCCGGGGCCGAAGCGGCACGAGAGGCAGGACGCGGGCGUCGAGGUGGAGAUCCCGGGCGCCAUCGUCGACUGCGUACAGGGCCUCGUUCGGCCCAAGCCGAAGCGUCUCCAGCGGUUGUAUGGCGGCCUGACCAUCCCCCUGAAGUGGCGGAAGGCUGCGGGCUGGCAGAUACGCGCCGUCCUGGGCCACCUGGUCUCCUCCUUCCAGCUGCUGAGGUCGGGGCCCUCCGUCUUCCGCGCCCUGUGCGACUUCGCCCAGCAAGACACCGGAGGGAUCAGGGAGCUGCCGACGGCCGCGCUGCACGAGCUGAGGGUGGCUAGGUCGCUUCUCUUCCUGGCCUCGGGCCGCCGGGGGCCGCCGCCCUGCCCCGCCGCGUUCACGACGGGGGCUUGGCGAGACGCGAGCCGCAUGCACGACUGCGAGGCGCGCUGCGGGCUGAUGGGCUCGGCGCGGGCGGCCAGCCACCCCCCGCACCGCGACGCGGAGCCCCCCUCUGCGGGGAACAACCCGGGCUCCGCCCUGGCCUUCGAGAAGGGCCGGGCGGCGAACAGGGAAAUUCGCGCACAGUGCCGACGGGCGGCCGCGCUGCAGCUGGCCUCCGGCAUCGCGCGGCGGCAGCGCCAUGUCGAAGGGGUGCGGAAUGCAGCGGGCUACAUGAGCGGCGCCGCGGACCAGGGGUUGCUCCGGCCUGGCCAGGUCUGGCGCGGGCCGCGAGGGGACUGCGGUGUCGGAGGCUCGGGCGUCUGCGGGUGCGACCCGAAGAGCUACUCCCACGGCUUCCACGGCUACAGCUCCACGCUCCACGAGCCCAGCGACCCCCAUGGCCCGCUCGAGGCCUCGGAGCUCCACCAGGUCAAGUGGGUUAGUGGUCUCGGCGGGGCCGACGCUUCUUCCUGGAGGUCUUCUCGGGCGAUGGGGUACUUGACUGGGGCCACCCUGGAGACCGGGCUGCGCGCGGGGGCCCCCAUGGACCUCGAGAAGGGCCCUCACCUCGAUAUCACGGACCCGAAGGCCCAGAAGGUACUCAUCGGAUGGAUCCGUUCUGGCGCUGUUUGGCUCAUGCAUCUAGCGACCCCGCCCACUCGGCGGUCGAUUGCACGCCCCUCCGGCUUCGCCGAACUAGCGGGGGGCAUGGCGGCGGCACGGUUCACGGUGCGCCUGAUCCAGGAGUGCCAGCGGGCGGGGGCCCAUUUCGCCCUCGCGCUCGCGUCUCUAGACUUGGAGACCCCUGGCGAGAGCGCCCAGAAGCCGACGAAGAUAUUGGCCCCCCACCCGCUGUUCGCCUUGCUGGGCCGCGAGCGCAGGCGUCAACGGCACUGCGAGGCGCUGCAGGGGAAGCUCUGCGCGAAGGGCCACUGGGAGUGGAAGACCAGCCUCGCGGCCGCCAAUCCGCCGAGCCUGCGCCGCGCCUAUGCCGGCGUCGCCCAGCCCAUGGCGCCCCCGGCACUGGCUGCCUUGGCACGGCUGCCGGCGGCGCUGGGACUAGGGCGGGCAGCCAGGCGGGCGGGGGCUGUGCCGCGGGAGCAGGCGCCUGGCUUCCAGCGGCGGCCCACCGCGCGGCAGGCGACGGCGGCGCGGCACUCUGACUGCGUGGAGGAGCUCAACGGCUACAUCCCUCGCAGCGGCAGCAGCCCCACCGACCCGGGCGCGGCGGACUCCACCCUGGAGCGCCGCUUCGAGGCGCUCUUCCUGGGCGGCGAGGCCAAGGCCAACGCUCACCGGUGCCUCUACGGGCUGGCCUGGCAGCGCGGCCGGGCGACCGAGGGCGGCGCCUUCCCGAAGGCCAAGCAGGCCCUCAGGGGCUGGGACCGCCUGGGGCCGCCUGGCAGCAGGGGGCCGGCUGUCUGGGAAGAGGUGCUGGCGGUCGCAGACGACCUCAUGGGCCGCGACCUCCAGUCGACGCUGGCAGGAGCGCUGCCGCCGCGGCCGUGGGCCGCGACGGCAGCGCCGGCGACGCAGCCAGCCCCGUCGAAGACCAACACGUUCGAUGACACCGUCUUCCUCGGCAGCGCCGCCAAGGGCCAAGGUUUCGUCGGCAACAUCUUCGAUGUCUCGCUGGCGCGGGCGGGCCAGGGACCGCUGUUCGGCGGGCUCACGCUGGUGGCCGCGGCGCCGACGCCACGUUGCCUUCGCCAUGGGGGCGCCGGCCGCGACGCACUAGAGAAGUUUGAGGAUCUGCGCGGCAUCCAGCGCCGUGGCCGCUGA